GCCGCCACGGUCACGCCAUCCCAGCCAGUGCCCAUGUCGAGCGUGCCGACUGUGACCAAGGAGGACGCCCCUAAGGCCGGUAGCACUCCGACAGGCGUCGAGGCCUCUGCCCGUGAGGUGAAGCCAACGCCUGGUGCUGCGACAGAGCAGAAAUCGGACAACCCGACCCUCUUGCAG